GAAUGGCCAACGUAACGUCAACGCCGCGCGACACUCCGGGAUCGGUGAAGGGUUUUGUGGGUCAUGGAGGAGGCAGGUAAAUAAAGGAAAGGCGCUACCCAGACGCAGCGGCUGCUCGAGACGGUUACCGGGAGGUUUGUCACGCUGGACGCCGCAGCCGUUGCCGCGAUACGGUUGUAACGUCGGACGGGGAGGACAGACGGUCGGUUCGGCUACGGCAGCAGCUGUCGGCGUUUUCACGUGGUCUGAUUGAUUUUGCCCGGACCUGUGUUGCCAUGGCAAUGCGGGAGUUGGUGGAGGCAGAAUGUGGGGGAGCCAAUCCCCUCAUGAAGUUGACAAGUCACAUGACCAAGGAGGGGGGGGCAUGGCGGCACCGCUCAACACCUACAAUACCCCCCACUCCCAUUGAAAUUGCAACUGAAGAAGAGCUUGUGAAUGAGUUCCUCCAGGCCCCACCACGAGCUCCUCACACAUUUGACAUGGGUCAGCUGUUGGAGGAAAUGCAGCAGAUUGACCAGCAGAGCUACAGACAAGCCCCACAGCGAGCUCCAGAUGUGGCAGCGUUGGCCCUCUCUGGUGACUGGGCAGCAGAAUUUCUCUCAGGUUCAGAAUCGGCCUCCACGCCGGGGCUCAUCGCUCUUAGUGAUGCAGCUGAUGCUGAUUGGACAAGGGAGUUUAUUGCUGAGGCUGCAGAUCCUGGACGCUGGGCAGAGGAAUAUCUGGAGCAGUCCGAGGAGAAGUUAUGGCUCGGAGACCUGGGAGACAAGGAGAAUGAAUGGACAAAGGAGUAUCAGCCAGGAGAGGAGCUGAGGCAGGCAGCCAGUGAACUUGUCUCAAAGGUUGAUGAUCCCAAGUUACAAAACACAGAGUUCCUGCGAUUCAUUAGGCAGAUUGGCGAGGGCAGUGUCACAGUGGAGAGCAGAACAGACAAACAGCUCACAGAUAAAGCUCAGGCCGAGGAGGCUCAGAACUGGGCCUCCAACCUCAACCAGUUCCUGAUGGAGACGGGGGGAGGGAGCCUUCCCCUGGAACCCCCAGAGAGGAAUGAGAAGAUUGAGAAAACUAAAGCUAAACAGGCAGAGCAGUGGGCCAAGGUCGUCAGGCAGGUGUCAGAGGAGUCAGCUGAAGCCUGGGUGGACCAGUUCACCACAUCGGGGCCCGAUUUCCAACAAGCCAAAGCUGCAGUGGAGAGUGAUGUUGAUUUCUGGGAGAAGCUGCAGCAGGAGUGGGAGGAGAUGGCUAAGAGGGAUGCAGAAAGCCAUCCGUGGCUGUCGGACUUCGAUCAGCUACUCAGCACUUCUUAUGAUAAGGGGUAUCAGUUUGAAGAAGAAAACCCUUAUUUAUCUCACCCGGACCCAUUGUCAGAGGGAGUCAAGCGGAUGGCGGCAGGGGACAUUCCUGGUGCCGUACGGUUCUUUGAAAGUGCUGUACAGAGAGAGCCAGACAACCAGUUGGCUUGGCAGUAUCUAGGAACCUGUCAGGCUGAAAAUGAGCAAGAAUUUGCUGCCAUCAGCGCCCUCCGCAGAUGUAUCGAGCUCAAGAACGACAACCUAACUGCGCUGAUGGCGUUGGCUGUCAGUUUCACUAACGAAUCACUGCACAGGCAGGCCUGUGAGACCCUUCGUGACUGGCUCAAACACAAUCCAAAAUACAGCUCUGUCUGGGAGCAGAAUGAGCGUGAACGCCAAAACGAUGGUGCCAGAGAGAGGGAGAAGGAGAGGGAAAGGUUCGGGUCACUGCUUCCAGAAUCUUUGUUUACUGAGGUCCAGACCUUGUUCCUGCACGCAGCCAACUCGGAUGCAUCCCAGGUGGACCCCCAGCUGCAGUGUGGUCUGGGAGUCCUGUUCAACCUCAGCGGGGAGUAUGACAAGGCGGUGGACUGUUUCAGUGCGGCUCUCUCCGUCACACCACAGGACUACUUGCUAUGGAAUAAGCUUGGUGCCACACUAGCUAAUGGAAGCCGCUCCGAAGAGGCAGUGGCUGCCUACAGGAGAGCUCUGGAACUGCAGCCAGGCUUUGUCCGUAGUCGCUACAACUUGGGGAUCAGCUGCGUCAAUUUAGGAGCCCACAGAGAGGCAGUGGAGCACUUCCUUGAAGCACUGUCUCUACAGCGCCAGGCUGCUGGCGAUGGAGCAAGGGCUGCACGGGGGCCUGGAGGUGCUGCCGCAACCAUAAUGUCUGACAACAUCUGGUCCACCCUGCGAAUGGCUCUCAGCAUGAUGGGAGAGAGCUCACUGUACGGUGCCGCUGACCGCCGGGACUUGGACACGUUACUGGCUCACUUCUGCCAGAGAGAAGUAGAAGGUGGAACUGAAUGAAGACCUGGAAGGGGGGCGCUCAUUGAGUGUGAAUGUGUUUUUUUGGGAGGUGAAUGUUUGGGUAAAUGAAUGGAGCCGAGAGAAAUCCGACUGGUAACAAUUAGAGGAAAAUGCAGGAGGAUAGCACUGUGAAUUAUCCACCAACUUAGAGAUGUCAUUUUGUAGUCAUAUGUACAACUAUUGAAUAUUGCCGUAUUAGUCUCUAAGUAAAGAAAUGCCAUUUCACUGUAUUUUACAUGUUUGCUGAUUUCCUUCUGAUAAUGUUGAAAUGAAGAUUGAGUUUUUGAAAUUUCACUUUCAGUGAAUUUUACUUUUGUUUGAUGAUGACAGUAAAAAUGGGGUUUAGUGAGUUCCUUCAGUAUUAAGUAAACAGCGUUGUACAGUUAAGUUUAUCAUGCUACCAAGUGCUCUCUUAGUGUUUCAGUUAACUGUAAACUCACCAUGGUUACGCAAAUUAAAGGUACAACAUUGCUGUGACCUUGAAAAACAUACAGUACUGCUUAUCAUCAACAGCGCCCUCCGGAAGGGUCUUGAUGGUUCUAAGUGCAAACACUAGUAAGUGCUACAGCAACUUGUACUUAAUUUUUUACUGAUCAUCAGCCAGGACAAUGAUCUGACAACCAGCAGGACUGUUACUGUGUGUGUGUGUGUGUGUGUGUGUGUGUGUGUGUGUGUGUGUGUGUGUGUGUGUGUGUGUGUGUGUGUGUGUGUGUGUGUGUGUGUGUGUGUGUGUGUGUGUACGUACAGUGAGUGCAUUUGGGGUUGAGUGGAGGAUAAUAUUCAUGCAUCAAAUGCUAAAAUUACAUAUUUAAUACGUAAUAUUGGUAAGGAAGACUUCUCUGGGCUCCCCCCUCUUGCUUUUUCAUAUCGCUCCUUCAAACAAUUUGCUUCAUUGUAAAAUAAUUGCCAUAUUGUGUAUUGUAACAUAAUUGUUGCACUAUAAUUGUUUUCAGGCUACUUAUAUCCUGACUGCAAUGUUGAAUAUAAUCAGCAAUAAAGCUUUGAUUCCA